ACUAUAAUUGUUGUUUUUUUCAUAUAACGUGAUGAACCUCGUUUAAAAAUGAAACUCAUAAUACACUUGUAGGCCCGGCCCACAAAGAAAACCGAAGAAACAAAGGUUUCCGACCUUCAUAAAUAUAUAUUAGUUUCGUCCAUCAAUGUACAAAGUAUCAUUUAAUUUAGUGGUAUAAAUGUUGGUGUUUAUAUUUAAAUAACCCGGGUUCAAGUCACAUGCUUAACAUUUUUUUCGCACUUUUUAAAAGUGGGACCCACCAAAAUGCUGACGUGUCGCUUCAGGAAAGAGGGAACUAUCUCAUUAUAUUAUAGAUUUCGUGAUUAAUUAGAGUUAUUUUAAGUGAUUUCUCUAAUCGUAAAUGCAGCAACAAAUUAUUUCAACCCAUGAAAAAUCUGAAUUUAACAGUGAAAGUUACUAUAAUUUUCUAGUGGUCAGAGAAAAUUUCUAUGAAUAUAUUUUCUAAAAAAAUUGUUGAUUGUAUCUUAUGACAACAAUUGAUGGCCACAAUAUAGUUUUUUACAUUUGAAUAUGAAUGUAUAUUGAUUGAUUCUCUUAGUUUGAUAUAUUUCUAGUGUCCUCGCAAGUAACGUACGUUUUAUAUGAUUUUUUGUUUUGAGUUUUUUUUUAUACAAAAAAAUGGUUUUAUCUUUUUGCCGCGAACCCAAACAUUAUAAAUAGUCACUCUCAGUGCAAAUCAAAUCUAUGUGGUUGUAAUUCCAACCGGAACUCUUUUAUCAUUUGGACCAACGCAUCCUGGUUUUUCGUCUUUUUGUUUUGUUUUGAAUUGUUUUACUAUUUUAUCCUUGAAACAAUAUAUGGAUCUCACAACUACAAGUUGUGUCCCAUAUUACAGGAAAACGGUAAUUUCAUACCCAACAUAUCGCGAUAUGUUCAAUUUAUACCUAACUUAUGUGACCGUGCAAAAACAUACUUGUAUUUUAAUAACAUACCAACUGUUUAUUUUUUUGGCAAAAUUAUACACUAGUCAACACAUCAGCUGACACGUCAUCUAAAUUUGUUGACGUUUGUCCACGUCAGCUAAUUUUGCUAUGCCACGUGUACAAUUGUUUUUAGACAAAAAUCGUCGUUUUAUAAAAAUGUUUUAUAAAAAUUUAUUAUUUAGUAAUAUUAACCAAAAAAUAAUUAAAUCAUAAAAUUAAUCUUAUGUAAGAGAUAUAUUCGUAAAUGUUAGUUAUACAAUAAAUUUACAUCAUAAAUUCUUUAAAUGUAGCGUUCGAGUACCGUUGGAGUUCAGUCGGGCUUUUCGGAUUUCGGUUCAAUUUUGUAACACGUCCUCAGACCCAUACUUGAAUUUUUGUAAAUAUGGAUCUGGAUAUGUUUUGUAAUAUACUACAAGACCUAUUCAAGUAUUUUUUACAUUUAGGACCGGGUACGGAUUGUGGUUUUCGGUUCGGGUUCGGUUCAGAUUUUAGGUCACGGAUUUUAUGUCUAACCCUAAACACAACCAUGAUUAAUCGAGAGUGACACGGCUGUAUAUAAUACUAGCAUUAAAUUUGAAUCAUUACAACACAUAAAUAACUCUUAUAAAGACGGUAUUGUGAUACAAUCAAAACAUUUACGAAUAUAUAUAUGUUAUAUAAGAUUAAAUUUUUGUUAAUUUAGUUUUUUUUAUAAUACUGAAUAAUAAAAAUUAUAAAAUUUUACAUUUUCUAAAAAAAUAUUUAUAUAAACGACUAUUUUAUUUUUUUUCUUUAAAAAGAAAAAAAUUGUAUACGUGGAAUUUCCGUCGGUAAAAUUAGUUUACUUAGCAUAUAUGUCAGCAAAAUUAGAUGAAGUGACAGUUGUUGUGGUGACCGGUGAUUUCGUAAAAAAAAAAUAAACAAUAGCUAUGUUAUUUAAAAUUUUCAAAAGUACGGAUAUGUUUUUGCAUGAUCAUAUAAUUCGGUUAUGAAUUGAACAUAUCACGGUAUGUUGGGUAUGAAAUGGCUUCCCCCGUAGUACUUUAGUAAACUCUACAACUAGUUAUAAACAUGAUAUCUAAAACUUCUAAAUAAUAGUAUAUAUAAUCUAAUAUAUUAAAAAAAGUCAAACCGAAUGCAACAUAUUUUUUCUCUUCAUGGAUCAAGAGGGAAAGAGUAACCAAUUUUACUUUUAUCUAAGUAGUUACUAACAGAAAAGGAGGUGAAAAGUUUUUAGGGAGAAUUUGCAAGAUGUCUAAGAUUGCAAAAGAAAUUAAGUGCAUAUCAUUGAUUUUGACAUAAUGUAAUAACUAACAUUUAUUAUCCGGUUCUACCCUUUCUUCUUGUAAUCAUCCAGUGACUUUGUGUUGUUAGAGAUGAUGUGGCCAAAAAAAUAUAUGGUGAAUAAGAUACUUAAAUAUGAUGUUAACAAAUGAGAUGUGGGUAAAAUUUAGUGCACACAACGACAGUGUUAAAGUCAUCCACAUCACUGUUUUUUACCUCUAAUUAGUAAAUCUAUACUGUAAUAAAUUAUAAACCAAAUAUAAUCUAUAACUGUUUUACUAUAUAUUUAAAAUUUAUCAGCCAUAGUAUGGAACAUGCAUAUUAAAUCCUACCCACCCACUUAAAUAUUAAACCCUAGACAAAUCCCCUAGUUACUAAAUCUAAACCCAAAUAUAAUCUUAAUCAUAUGUUGCGAGUGUACAAUUCUAUCUCAGUGACAUAGUACAACACCCAAGAUGCGGUAAGAACUACACAUAAUAAACCCACCCAAAAUCGCUGACUACUAUACGCAAACUCCUACUUAGUAAAUCUAAAUCCUAACUAGGAAUCUAUAAACCCAAAUACAAUCUAUAAACUAUUUUUCAAUAUUAGACAGUCUAAACCCUAACAAGAAACCUAUAACAUGGCAAAUUAUUACAUAUUUAAGAAAUAGUAUAGAACUACUGUCUCAAAUAGUAUAGAAAUAUUGUCACAAAUUGACUUUGUAAAUGCUUUAGAGAAGUUUUGAUCAUUACGAAUAAACUAAUAUAGUAUAGUACACUAAUAUAAGGGUUUAUAUGCUAUCUAACCAAAUUUGACUACUAUACCCACCCACUUAAAUAUUAAACCCUAGAUAAACUCUCUAGUUACUAAAUCUAAACCCAAAUAACUAAACUAUAAACUCAAAUAGAAUCUAUAUAAUAUGCUGCCAAUUUUCUCAACGUAGACGGCAUAGCAUGGAACAUUUAUAAAUAGUAUAGAAUGACUGACUCACACCCAACUUUAAAUAUUAAACCCUAAAUUGUUAUCACUAAGCCCAAAACUCAAUCCUCACCUUGCAAAUACUAAACCCUAAAUCUUAAUCACAAAAUCCUAAACCAUACCACCCAUUUAAAUAUUAAACACUAAACAAACUCCCUAGUUACUAAAUCUAAACCCAAAUAUAAUCUUAACCAUAGGUUGUGAGUGUACAAUUCUAUCUUAGUGACAUAGUACAACACUCAAAAUGCGGUAAGAACUAUACAUAAUUAAUCCACCCAAAAUUGCUGACUACUAUACCUAAACCCCUACUUAGUAAAUCUAAACCCUAACCAGGAACCUAUAAACUCAAAUACAAUCUAUAAGCUGUUUUCAAAUAUUACACAAACUAAACCCUAAUUAUGAACUUAUAACAUGGCAGAUUAUUACAUAUAUAAGAAAUAUGAUAGAACUAUUGUCUCAAGUAGUAUAGAAUUAUUGUCUCAAAUUGACUUUGUAAAUGCUUUAGAGAAGUUUUGAUCAUUGCGAAUAAACUAAUAUAGUAUAGAAUAUAGUAUAGUACACUAAUAUAAGGGUUUAUUUGCUAUCUAACCAAAUUUAGUUUUAAUCAUUACACAUAAACCAAUAUAGUAUGAAUUGCAUAUUACAAUCAAUCACACAAAAUGACAGAGAAAAGAACUAUCAAAUUUGAAGACAUGACAAAUUAUUACAUUUUAAAGAAUAGUAUAGAAAUAUGUCUCAAAUAGUAUGGUACAUGUAUAUAAAGCUACAUUAAAGAAUCGAUACUAUACUUAUUUUUCAUCGAAUAUAGUAUAGACGGCGAAUUCAUCUUCUUCAAUUCAUUUUUUUUAUAGGCUGAUACACAUUCACUUGAAUCGCCGUCAUUAUUCUUCACCACCAUAUAGAGAUCAUCUUCAUCUCCUCUCUCUUUUUCGACACGGCGACACUUUUACCGAUCCGCCGUCGUUAUUCUUCACCACUAUAUAUGUAAAGCAUCAUGGAUAUAACCCUGAUGUGAUAAUCUCAAUCUCAUUUGCAAGAUUCAAAAACGAAAACAGAGUAUGAAAGCAAAAGCAUGCAUAUGAAACUGAAAAUCAAUGAGUUAAGAGAAGGAGAAAAAUAAAUGAAAGAGUUGGUGUGUCUAUUCACCGUGUACGCCUUAACAGUUGUCUCUUAUUUACCACAAUUGGUUGUCCCUCUUGUGAGAAGAAAUCAAUUCCAGAAUAAAUCUGGGAAGAAGACUUUUAUCUUAUAAAAGUCACCAAAAUAAAUUACAUAUGAAAGAGUGUGUGUUUUUCAAAGGGCCACGAGUUAUGUUUCAGUAUUAUUAUUAUUAAAUCAAUUUUUUUUUCUAACAGGUUUCACUGGUUGCAUGUGAAGGGCAAUAUUAUAUAUAAGAGGCAAGUUGUAUAGGUGAGUUAUGAGUUUUAGAUAGUGAAUGAAUUAUAAUUUGUUUGAAGAUUAUACAAGUUUUUAACUUGAUUAAUUUAAUAUCGGCUGAAAUGAGAAUAAAUAUGUUUUUUCACCAAAAAUAUACGGCCGUUUGUUUCAUUUAUGCCUUAUAGAUUUUGUUCUCACACUUACUCACCAAAAAGAGUGUUAAUAAAUGAAUGUAUAUCAGUAGUUGGAUAAUUAAAUUAAUGAACUAUUAAAUUAUUAAUUGAUUUUGAAUUGAAAACUCAUCGUAAUAAAGAAAAUCAUGUUGGAAGGACAAUUUAAUCAGCGAAAUGUAUUGUCAGGUUUGAUUCUUCGUGAAGAUACGUCAUUUAUUCUGCGGUGCCAAGUAAAAUUGUGAACCUCUUCACCCAAGUCAACGGUUGAACAUCUUUUCUAACUGAGCCAAGAAACAGCAAGAGCCACUUAUAAACCCUAUUGGUAAUGGUAGGCAACAUAAAUAGGACUUAAGAUAGCCUUUUCCAGCAGUCCUUUAUUGCAAAAUUAUUCAUUGGUCAUAUGGCUAAUGUCGAAGCAUAGUCACAAACCAUCAAAGUUUUGAAGAUUUUAUAGUUCUUCCUCAAAAGAAAACAAAAAAGCUAUCACAUUGAACUAUAUUUGAUAUGUCCCUCUAAUUCACCGGUGACAAAUGAUUUUAGUUAUUUUCCUCAAAAAUACUUACUAAAAAUAUAGUUUUGGUUAGCAUAUGCAACACACAUAAAUAAUCAAUUUCCUUCUCUUUGAUCAAAUAAUUAACAACCGGUGUUUAAACGCUAUAAUAUUAAUCUCAAAAGCACAAUAAUAUAAUAUGUCAGCAAAUCUUCACCUUGUGGCGAUGGUUCUCCUCUUCUGUAUGGUGAGCAAAAGCGUCGUAGCGAUGGCUCGCCCGAUGAUCUCAGGCGGGCGUGAUCCAUGCUCUGUGUCAGACUUCAAGGUCUUGUGCAGAUCAGUCGUAAAAGGUCAAAAGAAUGUUAAUGCAGCGACGGAAGUUUCCAUAAGAGAGCUGAUGAAAAGAACGACAAAGGCUAAAGAAGUCGCUGCUAGUCGCCGGAAAAGUGGUGGAGGACUCAAGACUUGUUACUCAAACUAUGAUAGUGCGAUUGGUAAUCUACAAAAGGCGUUGAAAGACCUUAAAAAGAAUGAUGGAUUUAGCCUUAACAUCAAUCUUAGUGCAUCAUUAACGGAAUUUGAUACAUGCAACGACGCCAUGGGCGGUGCUAAGACGUCGAAUGUCUUCGCUAGAUCUACAAAGACUUUGCAUGAAAUGGCUGAUAAUUGUUUAGCGCUCUCUACUCUUGUUAAACAAUGAUAAUAUAGUGAAAAUGUGAUUGUUGAUAAUGAAAGAGGAAAAAAAAACUGAUUUGUUUCUGUAUGCGAUAGUUUUUUUUUGUGCGGGAGCCCUCGCUUCUUGAUUGAUUUCAAGAGUUCUUUUUGUGGUUAAGAAAACAGAAAAAUGAGCAAAAUAUAAGAGGCAAGCUUGAAAUACAGUCACGGUUUCACCCAAAUUUCCUCUCUCUCCUGAGUUUGCUCUUUUUUCAUUUGCUUCCAUUUUUCUCUUGCUAUUCAUGGAUCGUCGUUGUGCCCGCGUGUUUGAAUGGAGUUCUUCCUUGGCUUUUGUUCCAGUCGGAGUUCAGGGAUCCUCCCUGUAGUUUUGCGGUCUUUUUUUUUUUUU